AUGCUUGCAUGCAAUUGCAAGAGAGAUUUCUGCCUGAAAGACCCCGACAUCCGCAUGGAUGGGGGCAGCAGCGCGGAGCCUGAUUACCCCGAGCUCGACGCCAUGGAUUACCGCAGUGAAUAUUCUAUGAUGAACGAUGCACACGGGUCCUCCAAUGUAGGCGACGUGAACAACUGCCACACCCUCAUGGUGAUCAUCGCCGGCCUCCCCUUUUUCUUUCCCGUUACCAACCGACCGGUGCGCAACGGCGAGGAGCUUUUGCUUUCUUACGGCCCCCACUACUGGACGGGGAAUCAAUCGCCAGAGUCGCUGCUUUCCGCCACCUUCUUGCAAAUGAAGGCGAUGCUGAAUUUGUCGUUUCAGAACAAACGCGACGAGAUAGGCCGCGCAGCGGAUGUCAGGGACGGCACAGCUCGCCUGGACAAGUCACUGGCAGACGAGAGAGCCGCAGCAGAUGUCGUCGAGCUGCUGCAGCGGCUGAACUUGUGCGAGGAUUUGGCCGAGCAGCGCAUGCGGGCGAAGGAGUGGGUGGUUGAGCUCAGAGACCGGCUGCACCAGGAGGGCAGAGGGCAGGCGAUCUCGGGGGCCCUGGAGAGGGCUGAGAAGUCGCUAGCUAGAGGAGAUGACUUAGCUGAAAUCUUCGCGAAGCUGAAAAACACCACGGAGCGACUCUCCCAAGACUACAAGAAACGCACCCGCGAGCUGCAGGCUCAGAUUAAACGCUCAGAGGAAGCCCGGCGGGACGCCGAGGAGCGGAACGCGCAGCUGCAGCAGCAUAUCAUGGCUCUUAACAACAGCUCUCAGCAGCAGGCUUCCCGCGUUGCCAGAAUGGAGGUCGAGCUCCGAGGAGACUUUCAGCGACACGAAGAGCUGUGCAAGGCGCGGCGUUUCCUGAUGAAGAUGGAGCUGCUGGAGCGGCACACAAGCAGAUGCGGGCAAUGCGGGCUCCCGUAUGUUAAGGGGCCCCUCGCACCGCACGGAGAGCAGCAGCACUUCUGGCACUGCCGCGCUGAAAACCACGACAUCGCCGAGCUCGUAGAGGAGGGGGAGAUGUUGGCUCAGGGGCAGGGAUUUUUGCUGCAGAAGUGUCUGAACUUGUUAUCGCGAGACUCUGAAGUGUGUUGGUUUUUAUUUGAAGUGCUGUGCUGUCUGGCCAAGACCUUCGCCAGGCUGCGGCCGAAGCACUACAGCCGCCGCAGGCAGUGGAAUAUCUGCUGGGAGGAGACAGGCGACGUGGUGUGUCCCCCUCGACAGAGUCAACAGCAGCAGCCCAGGCCUCUGCAAGGAGACAGGCAAACCCUGCAGCCUCCGAGCAAGCUGCUCCUCCCAGUUAAAGAAGAUGAAGUCGAGCCAGGUGAGCUGGGGCCCUCUGAACUCCCCAGGGGAGGUACGAAGGAGCGGGAGUCCCAGCAGAUGGCUGUCGAUGGGGCUGUAGAUGCCCCCGAGGUGCAUGCGCAUGCACAUGCGCAUGCGCAUGCACAUACACAUGAAGAUGAGCAUAAGGGAGAAUACUGCAGCGCAGCAGGAGCUGACUGCUGCCGGCUGACAGCUGCAGAGGGAGAAAGCAACCCGCCGCCGAUGCAGCAGCCGACUGGCUGGCCCGCCGAGGACGGUAGUAGGCCGAGCAGUGCAUGCGACUGUAUAGGGAGCAGCUGCAGCAACUCCUCAGGGGGUAGGAGUGAAGCCCAGGAGUCAACCAACCACGAUCCCCAGGGGGGGAAACGUGUGUGCGUGUGCGGGGGGAGAGACGCCUGGGAGCGCGCGGCCAAGCGGCUCCGCUGUGCACGGGGCCCCGUGAGAGGCCGCAGCAACGCAGUCAAAGCUGAGCCCCCCAUUGACUUGGACGCACUCAUACUUGAAGCCUUCGAAGAGGAUGCUGUCGCUGCGAACACAGAUUGGGUGGGGUGGGUGCUGGAGCUGGGGGCCCUGCGGUGGUCGUUUACGGGGAAGACGGAGGAGGAGAGGAGGAAGCAGCUCCAGGCUGCUGCAGUGACAGCUGUAUUCUGCUGUCUCAGUUGCUGCGGUGUAUGUCCACCAGAGGGCGCACACACGGCGCUUGCUGCUAUUGAGGAACAGAGAAGGGCGGUGGACGUUGCGGCUCUAGAGCGUGACCUCGCCCGCAGGAGGCUUCUGCUGCAGCAGAUCGAGGCCCUGAAAGACCGCCGAGCUGCAGCAGCUCUUGAUGCUGCACACAACGGGAACGGACCAAGCGACAGGGAACUGCAAACAGAGACUCCGGAGGAAUGCGAGCUGUGGAGGGAGAUUCAUGCAUUGUCGGAGGCAGUGAAGUUGCAGGUGUCUGUACACCUGAAUGCUUGGGGGCAGCAGUUGGCGCACUUCAUAGACACGAGGUAUUUGCGGCUGGAGCAGUACGAGCGAGUGGAGAUGGCCAAAGAAGAGCGUCAUCGAGCAAACCAGCGUAGCAUGCAGGAUAUGCAAGAAGUAGACAAGUAUAUGACACGAGAACAAAAGGCCUUGGCUCUGAGAGAGAAGCGACGCGAGCUACGCCCAAAUUACCUCCGCUACUUCGCGCUCCGCUCACGAGUAGGGUUGUUUGACGACUGCGUCGCUCGCAUCAAAUAUUUUGCCGGGCUUGAGGGGGGCAAUAUGCCGUCUGCAGUGAACAGGACUCUGGCGAUCAUAGCCCAGUACGCGCACGUGCGGCCGAGCACCUGGGAGCGGGAGGUGAAGGGGAUUCGGCGGCCUGAGGUGGAGUCGCUGCUGCAGGAAAUAGAAAAUGCAGAAGACGCUGAUCGGCUGCUGGGCAAGCCGCUGUUUGAAUGGGCCAUGGACCACUGGCCCCAGCUCAGAAAGAUCGUUGACAUUGGCGUGCAUCGAGCCGCUCGCAAGGCGAAGACGCAGCUCGCAGAGACAGAGAAGAAACUUGAGGCCUCACAGAAGGAAGCGAACUCUCUGCGGCAGCAACUGGAGGACCUGCGGGAGGAACUGCAGCGCAUGCGGCAGCAGGCUAGCAGGAUGCCCGAGCAGCAGAGACCACUGCGGGAGCAGCCCUUUCCGCAGCUUACCCAGCAGCAGCCACCGCAACAGCAGACGCAGGAGGUGCGACAGCCAGGCCCGCUUAGGCCAGCAAGAGCAGAAGAAGAAGCACCACUCCCCGCGCAAAGUGCGAAGCAUGAACGUGGCGGAUGCGCUGCACCGAGCGAACCCAAUGCAGAACAAGACCCCGGCACCCAUCCUACCGUAGGCACCCGCCGUCAGCUUAGAUGCGAUGCAGGGGGACCGCUGCUGCUGCUCCACUGUGACGGCCGCUCAGCGCAUACCGUUGUGCAGCGCGGCGACUUCCCGCGUAUUCCUAAGGAAGUGAGGGGUGACGCUGUGGCUGACAGCGAAGGUUCCGCGGCAACAGUGUCUAGAUUUCUGCUGCCUCCAACACCUUUCGUCUUCGAUCCUCCCAUUGACUUGAACAAAAGCGGAUGUCUUUACGGGUUUCUCCCUGUGGGGCGUACUGACCACUUCACCGUCGACGUCAUCCUCAGGCUGCCUGUGCUUACCAGCGACGGCUUUCGAAUGGUGUCACUACAGCCCAACGCCAGCAACAGAGGAUAUUCACAACAUGGGGAGUCCCGCCAGCAACUCGUUUCCGUCUACGACCCUCUUAUAUGCACGCGAGUCAAAGAAGAAGGCAACGGAGGAUCCUCCAGGCCCUCAAGCGGCAACCAGCGCAGGAGGUUCGAGCAAGGACGGGACGGCCCCUACAGAUGCGCGCUUUUGCUGGGGGCUCGAUACUGGACCACAUCACGAGGAAACACUGAAAGAGUGCAGCGCGUAGAUCUGGGAGUCGGAACGGCGCCUCCAAGCUCUGCUCCGUAUGGAGGUGGCGGCCCCCCGCCGCCUCCUUUUGAACAGUUCUUCCCGUUUUUCAGGCGAGACGUCAGCGAGACGACACCAGAGAAGGAGGCCCCAUUUAUUCGGGUCACUUUGAGGUGCCAGAGGGAGGUGUCAGUGCGCAGCAGCAGGGAAGGGCAGGGGCAGCUGCCCGCUAUGCGCGUGUUGCCGUUCAUCAAUGGAGAGCCCGUGGAGCCAAUGACUGUGCCCAGAAUGCCUGACUUUUACAAGAUAUGCAGCAUCAGAGGGAUGCCGGCAACAGCCAAGCGCCACAACUUAGUUCAAGUUGUCGACAACGCAGUAGAACUCCUCUCUGUGCGAGGUAGGCGCAAGAGUUUCCUCGUGGCGUUUGUUUUGUUACCGUAG